AUGUGGAGAGAGGGGGAGGGAGGGGAGGGGGGGGGAGGGGGAGCGGGAGGGGGAGGAGGAGGAGGAGGAGGAGGAGGAGGAGGAGGAGGAGGAGGAGGAGGAGGAGGAGGAGGAGGAGGAGGAGGAGGAGGAGGAGGAGGAGGAGGGGGAGGAGUGAGGGGAGUGGACGGUGGUAGUGAGGGGAGUUGGGAUAGAGAAGGGGAGGAGGGAAGUGUGGGGAAGAUGAGGGUUAAGGCUGACGUGGUCAUCACUACACCUCUUGUCUUUUCCAUGGAGCGCUCAUACCUCGAGGAAGUUGCAUGGGGCGCCAUAGCAGCGGACGGCAGCAUGCAGAUGUGGACGGCGCACGAGGCCAGUGCCGCCCACUCCAUGGGGUGGCCGCGCUCCGUCUUUUCCCUGCACACCUGCCUGCGCGUGCUGGUUGCCUCACACGAGCCCCAGGCACACCACUGGGAUGCUGGGGACGUGACCAUCAUGAUAGUCGUCCCAGCUCAUUGA